AUGAUCGAAGAAAGUGAUCCCUCGAAUGAUUUAGAUGCUGAAAUUACGCAAUGCUUAGCGAAUCAUGGCUAUAACUUAUGCGAGUGGAUUGGUGGUGGUGCAAGUUCUUCAUGUUUCCGUGUUUUUAGUUUACAAUAUCAAGAUUUCUUCGUAUGCAAAAUUAUCCCCAGAGAAAAUGAAUUCAAUUCCGAAUUAGAAUUUCUUUCUCAGCUGUUUCAUCCAAAUAUUAUACAAUGCUAUACUUAUUUCCAAUCCCCCGGACUUCAUUACUUAAUAUUAGAAGAAUGUACUGGUGGCAAUCUCUCAGAUUACAUACGAGAUAAAGGUGCAAUGAAUCACAAAACUUUAUUAAAGUUUUAUUAUCAGUUAUUAUCAGCUUUGGAAUAUCUACACAAAAGAAAUAUAGCACAUAUGGAUAUUAAGCCGGCAAAUAUCCUAAUUAACAAGUUUGGUAACCCUAAAUUAGCUGAUUUUGGAUUAUCCCACACCGUUAAGCAAAACAAAUGUUGUAGUUACGUCGGCACUAAAAUUUUUGUUGCACCAGAAGUUAGUGAUACUAUCCCGUACGAUCCUAUGAAGGCAGAUAUUUAUAGCUUAGGAGUGACUUUAUAUACUUUAUUAACAGGAUAUGAUUACGAAACUAUGAACACAGUAAUUUCAAUGUACCUCAAUAUGAAUUCAAUUCCUUUUCCUCCGCAGACCUCUAAAAUUUUACAAUCAAUAAUUACGGGUUGCAUAAAUAAAAAUCCAAGCGAACGAUUGUCUAUACCUCAACUGAAAUCACUACUAAAAGAUGAGUUCGAAAACCAAGGAGUACCUUCUGUAGCAUCAGCCUGUGGAGUUCAGACAGUUCAAGGUUCAUCUGGUUCUUUCAGAAUUAGCAGGAAGAAUUCUACAGAUUCUCCAGCGUUCGGAUCAUCAAUAGUAGGUAGUAAUACAUUCGGCUUGCUUAAAAAGCCACUCAGUAGAAGAAAUGUUUUAAUUCCUCACGGAAAAACUCCGCCGAAACCUUUAUCUAUGUUGCAGAUGAGUAGAUCACCUUUACCACCUGUUUUGUGGCCUCCAGAAUAA